AUCGUCUCCAGCACCCCCCCCCGCGAUCGUACACGGGAUACACGGUGUUGAAAAUCGAUGGAUGGAUGGAUGGAUGGAGGGAUGGAUAGUAUCGAUGGUCUCUGUACUUGCUACGUGAUAGUAGUGGUGGUAUUAAGAGCAUGUAUGUGAUGAAGAUGAGGCGUGAUGAUGGAGGAUGUGGUACUUCACCACCGUCUCGAAGGCUCUGACGGGCUGAGCGAUUUAAUUGCAACCACAGAAAAGCUCCUGGAACCUUUCCCCUGCCGCCCUCCUCCCGUCUUCACGCCGUGGUUCUCGGACUCGUCAGCACGACGGCCUCCGCCCAUCAGACCAGCCAAAUGCGCUCCCGUCAUCAACGCGGCAGAUGUCAAGUGCCGACCGGAGGCUUUAAAAGAAGGCGUUGGCGGAACCACAAACUCGCCCUCCGUUGUUGACAAGAAGAGCGCGUCUGUUGCAGCGAUGGCGGUCAAACGGUCCUGGAGCGUGUUGGCUUCCAAAAGUGUUCGUCACCGCUCGCCAUCGCUCUCGAAAGGCUUCCGACACGCCUUGUCCGUGCACGCGCUGCACCUGCGCCAGAGGUCCAAGUGGGUCAUCAGUCAGCACAACUGUGGAGCCGUACGAGACAUCGAACAGGUAUGGCAAGCCCUGAGCAAAGCCGCCCGGCGCGCCGGCUUGCCCACGUGCAACGCCAACAUCCAGCGUGAGCAUGCCGAGAUCUGGGUGUUCUGCGACGUGGCGUACUCGGAGCAGGUGGGCCACUUCCUGAAGGAGCGUCUGCAGCUGGUGGGCAGCAUCAGGCUACACGUGCACAAGCUCGGAGAUGUCUUUCGCUUGUAGCGCUGACUUCUCACAGCCUUCUCAUCGUGCUGGUGACCCAAAAUCACACUUGGGAUGUGCAACACGCAUCUUGAGCUCAAUAUCUGUCCUAACGUUAGACCGGAACCUCUAAGAUUAAGCGUCCAUUUCGGAACGCCGGUCCACUUUCGAGUUGGAAUGAAAGCCAUGUGUGGAGGGUCAAAGCGUGGGCCUUUAUGAACUUUACAGGCAAUUUUAAAUUGUUGAAACAAGUCAACUGUUCGGCAAGUCAUGGAUGAAGCACGUGACGCAGGAGUCAUCUUGUGUUGAAUGUGAUGACACUUUUCUCAGCAGCCCCCGUUGAGGCCGUUCCCACUUUAUACUUUCAUGUUCACCCAACUUGGAUUCCCAAAGUUUGGCUUGAUUUUGAAAGGCAUAUUUUUCCAUGGAAAUGUCGAUCAAAUUGUGACAUGAGUGGUUCCAGUGCAUUUUUAACACAGACGGGGAUUAGCACAUAACGUGGUCCCAUAUUCCUGAUGUAAUGAAUUAAAACGGGCCAUUUUAAUGUGGAAUUCAAGCAGAUCAGCUCCAUUGUCAAUUAAAGUGUAAAUUUUUAUUUUAACAAUAAAGGAGACUGUCAAGUCUUUUUUUCACAAUUGAAAA